CCGCCAUGAAUCCACUCCUGGUCCUCGCCUUUGUGGGAGUUGCUGUUGCUUUCCCCGCUGACGACGAUGACAAGAUCGUCGGGGGCUACACCUGCCAGGAGAACUCCGUCCCCUACCAGGUGUCCCUGAACGCUGGCUACCACUUCUGUGGUGGCUCCCUCAUCAGUGACCAGUGGGUGGUGUCCGCGGCUCACUGCUACAAGUCCCGCAUCCAGGUGAGGCUGGGAGAGCACAACAUCGAGGUCGUGGAAGGCAAGGAACAGUUCAUCAACUCUGCCAAGGUCAUCCGCCACCCCCGCUUCAACAGCUGGACCCUGGACAAUGACAUCAUGCUGAUCAAGCUCUCCUCGCCGGCGGUCAUCAAUGCCCGCGUGUCCACCAUCUCCCUGCCCACCGCCUGUGCGCCCGCUGGCACCCAGUGUCUCAUCUCCGGCUGGGGCAACACCCUGAGCUCAGGCUACAACUACCCCGAGCUGCUGCAGUGCCUGGAUGCCCCUCUGCUGAGCCAGGCCAAGUGUGAAGACGCGUACCCUGGACAGAUCACCGAAAACAUGGUCUGUGCUGGCUUCCUCGAGGGAGGCAAGGACUCCUGCCAGGGUGACUCUGGCGGCCCCGUGGUCUGCAAUGGAGAGCUCCAGGGAGUCGUCUCCUGGGGCUAUGGCUGCGCCCAGAAGAACAGGCCUGGUGUCUACACCAGGGUCUGCAACUUUGUGGACUGGAUUCAGGAGACCAUAGCUGACAACAGCUAAAGCCUCUACCUCCAUCCCUCUGCCAUCACUAUGCUAAUAAAAUGACCCU